CCACCGCUUUAGCAUGCUGUAACGAAGCUAAAACUGUGAACACCGUGCGUUUCCUGCGUUCAUUUGUUCCCUCGUGCUUAACCGGACGCAACGUGGACNCAAUCCAGAAGUGUAUUGCUUAUUACUUUUAUUUUCAAAGAUGAAUACUUGUUCGCUUAAUACAGAGCAAGAACUCAACGUUCACAUUGAAAAAUGUGACAAAAAUCUACAAUCGCCGUUGCCGGAAAAGUCUUCGAAAUCAUAUGACUGUAAAUACUGUGAAACGAGUUUCACGACUGAAGAAGAACUCGUUAAGCAUGGGGAUAAGUGCGACAUUCAAUUUAGAGUUUCAAUGAGCGCCGAGCUCAAACGCGUUAGCAAACUUGUUGCUGAGAUUAAGGAUAGAACAAUGCCCAAACCAAAACCGGGAGGAGAAUGUUAUUUUUGUCGUCAAACAUUGUAUAACGCGAAAGAAGCUUUUAAACACAGGGGAGGAUGCAGAGUUUUUCAAAUAUCACAGGCAAUAGAACAAAUGUACAGAAGGUAUAAGCUACAGUUUGUUCACGAAUGGCCUCCAAACUUAUCAUUGAUGUAUCCUUCUUCUCCUAAGCCAUCAUUGUCAAAAGAGAGUGAAGAGAAGGAUACUCAAGGACAACAGAACUCUUCGAGAAAACGAAUAUUAGACACUGAUACUGAAAAGGAUCGUGCCACAUCUACAUUAACUCCGGAGACAUCCUCUUCUCCGCCGAAGAUUUGUCGAUCCGAUGGCGAAGAUACAACGGACAUUGAAACAGAACGAAUAACUACCGCUGAUAGAAACAUAUGUGAUGAUAAAAAAAAUGAGCGCGCAAAGGGAACGCUUGAAUGUGUCUUCUGUUUACAAAAAUUCCCAUCAGCGGAUGUAUUAAAACCUCACAUUGUGGAGUGUUGCAAAACAUACAACAUGUAAUAAUUGUUUCCGAGUGUUGCUGUUUAAUUUGACGUCAUCUGUAUGGAGUCACAAGCGCACUUCUAAUCCGUAUUUAGUAUAAGCAUUCUAAAGACUGAAAAUAUAACCACUCUGAAGUAAUGACGAGCUUGACAGGAUAUUGCACUGCCAUAAUAAUUAUUUAGUUUGAUAUAACAUACAAUAGAAUGACACAAGAUGUACGGUCGACAAAAGAAAUCACCACAUUUGACGAUUACUUUGUCAUUUUGAUUUAAAUACAUGUGUUAUUGACAAUCUACGGUUACAAUG